AUGGCCGCAGUAUACAGACCAGCCGAAGCAAUCGCUUUACUGCGACCUACUUUCCUCCUCCCACGCAUCAAGCCCGCGUCCAGUCCCCAGGCGCAACUCGGGCGCAAAGCCUUCUUUUCCUCCACAUCAAAUGCACAAGCAACACACACAUCGACGAGCAAUCCGUCGCCGCAGACCCAAAGAAAAUCCAUCUCACUGACCGGCGACACGGGCCAAGUGCGCUGGUCCGACCUCUCGCCAGGCGAAAAAAUAGUCCGAACAACCCAGCAAAGCGUCAACCUGGUCGUCGUUCUUGUGGGCAUCUUAGCAACAGGCGGCGUAGGCUACUUCCUCUUCUCCGACGUCCUAAGCCCCACCUCCAAAACCGCCUACUUCAACCGCGCAACAGACCUCAUCCGCGCCGACGCCCGCUGCCAGAAACUACUAGGUCCAGGCGCGGAAAUUGCGGCGUACGGCGAACCGUCGUGGUCACGGUGGGCGCGCAAUCGCCAGAUUAGCAGUACACAAGAGACGGACAAGUGGGGCACGGAGCACUUGCGGUUCAAGUUUUAUGUGGAGGGGCCGAGGGGCCAGGGCGUGGUGCAUGUGCAUUUGACCAAGAGGCCGAGUCAGGAUGAGUUUGAGUAUGAGACGUUGGCGGUGGAUGUGAAGGGGCAUCAGAGGAUUGAUUUGAUGGCGGAUAAGAAGAGGGAUAGGGUUGCGCCGAAGAUAUUUGGGGCGAGGUGGUGGUGA